AUGAAUAAAGUUUUGCUUGAUCCUAAUCUGAAAUCUCUAGCUGAGAAUAUAAUUCUAUGUGUCUUAUUGUUUUUUAUUAUUUUAACUCUUCAGCGUAACUUUUUGAAUAGCAUACUCUUAAAUAAAUUCUAUGAAGAUCUAAAUAAUAAGUAUAAUGAAAAUCACAAUUCUAAUUCGUGCGAAAAAGCUUUACAGCCUUACACCAAUAAUUAUCGUUAUAUUUAUGAGUAUUGUAAUAAAGUAAGUGAACUAAUAAAUAAAUGGGAUAAUAUAAUUAAAUCUUAUACAAACUACGAUAAUUUAAAACUCUGUAACUAUUUCGGAUAUUGGUUUUAUGAUAAAGUAAUAGAAAAAAAACCCAAUCUUCUUAUUGUCAAAUUUUUGUAUGAUAUAUUGAAGGUACUUAAUAAAAAUAAUUAUAAAAACAAAUGCCUUCCUAAUAAUUAUAAUGUUCAUAAAGAAGCAUUUAAAAACAAAAAGCAAUUGUUUGAAUUUAUUGAAUACUAUGAUUUUAUAAAAAAUACACUUUCCAGUACAUUACAUUCGGAAAGAGAAAAAUAUUGUGAUUAUAUUAGUCACAUAUUCGGAUUACGAUACGCCAUGGCCCAGGAGGACAAAUGUAAAAAUUCAUCCAUAUAUGAAAAUGACAUAAAGAAUUUUGAUGAAAAAGUUAAUAAAAAGGAUCGACUAUUCAUAGAAAUCAGCUGUCCUCAUAAAAAUCUGGAGGUGUUAUUUAAAAAAAUUUAUGAAUUAAAAGAGGAGAUACAAUCCACUAAAGAUUUAAUUACGAACAGUGAUGAACAAGCGCAUCUUAAUAUAAAAAAUGUAAUGAAUUUUCUUCAUCGCAAAAUAAAAAAAAUAAAUCUAAUAAAUAUACCAUAUUUUAUUGUUAAUAUUAUUUACGCUGAUAACUUAUUUAAAUUAAGUUCAUACAAUAUUUAUGAAACGUUAAAUAGUACUCAUGAUAUUGACUCUUUCUGUAAAUAUUGUAUUAAUAUAUUAAUGCUAGAAACAGAUUAUCCUGGUGCCUAUGUGCUUUGUAAAAAAUUAGCAAGAAAUUUAAAAAAAAAAUUAUCUAACAUUGAAGGAAAUGAAGAUAAUCAUGGUGAUCGUUGCUUAUAUUUCAUAUACUGGACUUAUAGAGAAAUUAGUAAAAUAAGUUUAGAUAGUUCAAAAAAUAUUUUCGAAAUACCAGUAUUUAUUGAACUUCUUAAGGUAGCAAAUAAUAUUAAUUACGAGUUCACAAGGAAAGAUAUUAUAAAACGUUAUAAACACUUAGAAGAUGAAUUUAAAAACAAUUAUGAAUCAUUAAGAAAAAAAUUUCGUGAUAAUACUUCAUUAGAAAUAAAAUGCAACGCAAAUAGAAAUAAAUUUAUUGGAGAAUGGACCAGAGGUAUCACCACAUUGUCAGAAUACAUGCCAUGUUUCUAUUCAUUUGAUUGUAAAUUAGAUGAAUGUAAAGAAAUGAUGAAUCUUUUUAAUUAUUUUAAAAAUCAUAACAAUAUUAAAAGUACCAUUUCUGAGAGUAAGAAUGAUUGUGAGAGAUAUAAUAUUUACCUUGAAAAUAUUAAAGAUCUGUAUAAAAAACAUAAGAAGGAAUGUUGUGAUGAUUUUUGGGAAGAUCAUAGUUUUUGUCCAAAUUAUUUUAAAUGUAAUAACAACUAUAAUCCUUUUUUUUUAUUACAUGAAUUAAAAUGUAAUGGAAAACACACUCGUUAUUCUCAGGAUUAUGCUAGAAAGAGUGAAAGACAUAAACAGAAUGAUCGUAAUGGGGAUCACAAUUCCUCCGUUGGUGCAUCAACUGUGAAAUUUAAGUGCAGAAGGUGGUCCUCUAGGAAUGAUGCUAUUUCUGAUAAAAUAAUUUGUGAAGAUGAAAAUAAAACUAUUGAAGAUGCAGUUAUUCCCCGUGUCUCAAAUUCAUUUCCUGGAAUAUUGAACGCGAAUAGUGAUGAUUCAUCAGGUAUUUUAAGAAAUAUACGUAAAAUAUUAACAUCAAGGGACCUACAAAAUACUUUGCUACUAGUAAUUUCAUUAGUUGGAGUCAUACUCAUAAUUUUAUUUCUAUAUAAGUUUACAACUUUUGGAAGCAUUUUUCUCAAUAAAAUACUAAAAAAAAAUAAAAACACGUUACAUUGGGAUUAUGAAAAUAGCAUGUUUAUGUUAGAAAAUAAUUCAAGAAGAAAAAAUAUAAAAUCAAAAAAUAGAGCAUAUCAUGUUAUAUAUCAAAAUGUAUAA